AUGAAAUUACAAUGGUUAAAGUUGUGUUUUGCCCUUUUUAUUGUAUUUAUUAUUUUCAUCGCAUAUGUUUGUUUACGAUGGAGAAUAUUAAAUCAAACAUUAGUUUUGGAACGAGUUUUUUAUGCAACAAAAUUCGAUCGUACAUCAUUGCAACCAAUACCAUUGAUACUUACAUGGACAACAUUUUUCAAUUAUCCUUGGGUUCAACGCAUCAAACAAAGCCUUAAUGAUUGUCCUUAUCAUUGUAUGAUCACCGAUGACAGAGAUCAACUCUCGGAAGCUACAGCUGUAUUAUUUCAUAUCCGAGAUUUAAACAAUAAAUUACCUGAAAUAAGAAAUUCGAAGCAAUUGUUUGUAUUUGUGCUACAAGAAUCACCUCAACACACGUUUAACUAUCUGGAUUUUGUAAAAAACGAUUAUUUCAACAUAACGAUGACUUAUAGACGUGAUAGUGAUGUUUACAUACCAUACGGUAUAGUGAAAAAGAUAACCGAUCUCACGCCGCGAGAACAAAUUUGGAAUUGGAGUGAAGUAAUGGAAAUAGCCAGUAAAAAAGUACGACCUGUCUUACAAUUAGUUUCAAAUUGUAACACUGGAUCGAAACGUGAACUAUAUGUAAAUCAGCUUCGAAAAUACAUAAAUAUCACGCAACAUGGUCUGUGCAACAAUAGUACGUGUAAUGAAGAAUGUGAAAUACGUGAAGCUGCACAGCAUCGCUUUUAUUUGGCAUUCGAGAAUAGCAUAUGUCGUGAUUAUAUCACAGAGAAACUAUUCAAAAGUUUGCUCAGAUUAUUGAUACCUGUUGUGCUCAAAAAAUCCAUCUAUGAAGAUAUUUUACCGCCUAAAUCAUUUAUUGCUGCUGAUGAUUUUACAUCUCCACGUGAAUUAGCACAAUAUCUGCAAUAUUUAUCAAAUAAUAAAACAGCCUAUUUGAGUUAUUUGGAAUGGACGAAGCAUUAUGAAAAAACAUUUGCUGUAAACGCUUACUGUGAACUGUGCAAAUAUCUCCACCGUAACAAUGCCGGGCCUCGUAUAAUUCCGGAUAUCAAAAAAUGGUGGUUUCAGAAUUGUUUUUAUAAUUAUGCGAUAGAUUUAUUGGAAAAACCUGAAACUGUAAUGAAAAAAGUGAAGAAAAUAGCCAAUAUUGAUCAGCGUAAAAUGAGAAAAAUUUGA